AUGGCUGGCUGGAUCUCAUCCAAGCUUAAGGUCGCCGAAGACUUCCUCCAUCAGAUCGAUCAGCAAGCUGCGGAUUCGCUUAAAAAGAAUGAAAAGCAGCGAUCUGAUGAUGAAUUUGGGCUGGAAGCCUCUAAUCAGGUUAGUGCAACCAAGCCAUUGUUGAAGGAACAGCUAAAGAAGAAACCAGUGCAAGAUAAUGACUUGAUUGGGAAAUCCAAAACUGAUUAUUCUAGUUCGACUGUAAUUAAUAAAAAUAGUGUUUUAAGCAAUACCAGUAGUAGAGAAUUGCAAAGUGUAGGAUCGUUAGGUAAAUCCGAUAUUAUUAAGUCCACUCAGAGGAAUUUGACAGACAGUGAUUGGACUGAAUUGCUGAGUGUGCCAAGUAAGAGUGGGGAUCCAGUUGGGAGUAAGGGUAGUAAUGGUGUUCCUGGGCUUCGGCGGGAUAGGAGGGAUGGUAAGAAGCAGGGGAGUUUGGUUACGCGGCAAAAUGUAGGGGCAUUAGAUGCUAAGAGGGCUCAGAAGGGUCAAGCUAGGGUUUUAAAGAGCGACAGGAAAUCUGAUGUGGAGUCUGGGAAUAAAGUUAAUGGUGGUGGUGUUGUGGAUAUUUCGGGUGCAAGGGGGAGUGACGUUGGAGAGGAAUCAAGAAUUUCUAGUUCAAGUGGGGGAUCAAGGAAUGAUGAGGGCAGUGCACAGACAGGUCAAUUUGAUAGGAAGGACUCGAAUGUCAACCUUUCUGUGGAGAGAAAAGAUGAGGAUGUCAAUCAACAAAAUGAUGCAUUGGUUGGUGUUGGAAAUGAAGUGCAGCUACAAUCACAGGAUAAUAUGGUUACUCCAGGUGCAAAAAGCGAUUCAGAAAUAAGGGUUCGUAAUGAUGAGAGGCCCGAAAGAACAACUAGAUUGGUUGAUGGACCGACUGUGAGUUCCAAAAUAUCCAGUUCAAUGAAGAGGGCUCCUUUAACACCAAGUAAUGAAGACUCUGAUUCAGACACAGAUUCGGAUUCUUCAUCUGGUUCUGAGAGUGAGCGUGAGAGAGAGGAAAGAAGAAAGAGAAGGCAGCAGAUUUUGGCAGAGAAAGCUGCCGCAAAAGCUAGUGAAGCAAUCAAAGAACGUGAAGACCAUGUUGCUAAACUGGAGGGUGAGAAACAGAGUUUGGAGAAGAUUCUUGAAGAGCGGGCCAAACAACAAGUGCUUGAGGCAUCUGAAUUGCAAUCAACAAUGAUGGAAACUAUGGAAGCUGUUGAAAUAGAGAAGAAAAAACAUAAUAACACAAGAAUGGAAGCCCUAGCAAGCUUGGCAAAACUUGAGACGAAAAAUGCUGAUUUAGCCAGGUCUUUAGCUUCUGUUCAGAAGACUCUUGAACUGGAGACCAAUCGGGUUGCAGGUCUACGCCACCAAAUUGAACUGAAAGAGGCCGAUCUUGAAGAAACAAGAAGGAAGAUGUCAAGUGCGCAUGAGAGUAGCAACAAUUUGCCAGCUCCAAAAGGAGUUGAAUUUGAAAGGGAUAUACUCGAGGCUGAGUAUUCAUUUAUAACAGAUAAAGUGAGACGAAUGCAAGAGAAGGCCAAAACAUUGGAAGAAACUAUAUAUUCAACAAGAAGAGAACUAGAGAAUCCUACGGAAGUGGAACUUGAACUCAAGCGAAGGCUUGGUCAGUUGACUGACCAUUUGAUACAAAAACAAGCGCAGGUGGAAGCGCUGUCUUCUGAGAAGGCCUUGCUGCUGUUCAAAAUGGAGGCUGUUUCAAGGUCUCUAGAUGAGAAUAAUGGUACGUUAGAUCCGGCUGAUUCAAGGGGUGAUUUAGAGUCUGGCCUGUGGGAGAUCCCCAGCUCAUCAAAGUUCAGGCCUAUGCUAGAGGAGAGACUUCGGUUGGGCAAGCAACAUUUCGGAUCCUUAAUUCUUCAAUUGGACUCAAUCUUUUGCGCGGGCGCCGUGUUUCUAAAAAGAAACUCCACUGCGAGGAUCUGGUCGAUUGUUUACAUUGUAUGCCUUCAUAUUUGGGUCAUAUAUAUCUUGACGUCGCAUUCUCCAGUCUCAGACGAGGCUUCUUCUGGUGCUGUUGUUUCCUUGCAGAAUAUCAACAACACUGGUGGCUCUUGA